AUUUCUGAGUUAUUUUAUAAAAACAGUUUUAGUCUAACUGUUGGGUGGCAUUCAGCCAUGUUGUCCUCAUUGUUACAUUUUAUAUAGUAAACAUUUAACAUGUAUUUCUUGUGUUUGGGUGCAUUUUAGGCAAAUGCUAAGGGAACAGGCACGCAGGACCAAAACCACAAGGAACAUCACACAACCACAAUGACCAAUGAUUCAACAAGGACUGAGUGAGGGAGAGAAGCAUAUACUGUAUACCCAGGGCACCGGGUGACGCAAGUGAGACUAAUGACAGGCACAGAAUGCUGAGUUUGAGUUGUCCGAGCUCUGGAUGUGGUCCAUGAACGCACCGCGAUGUUCCAGAGUGUGAGUGACAGAGCUGCUGCUCCACGGUAGCUGCUCGGCUCCACUCUUCUCCACUCCACUCCACUCCACGCCGACGCACGGUACCGCCACGGGAGCAGAGGGAGGGCACACGGAGGCGCAGUGUGUGACUGUGUGUGCGUGUCUAUGUGCCAAAGGUGCACAAAAUGGGCAAAAACCAGCACGGACGGAGCUCCAAAACACAGUAGUAGUUGUACAGGCUGUAGUAGUUAAAGUGCAGAAGAACAGUCGGAGCUCCGAGCUCAGCGUGGCCGCAUGUGCUCGACCCUGCGCGGCUGCAAAACUUGCGCUGCACUGCUCGUUUCUAAGAAGACUGCACCAAAACAACCAUAAAACGACAAAAAGAAGAAAGAAGAGGAAUGUUACCGUGAAGUCCGUGUUUACAAACUAAAGUGUGCUGCAGGUGUGACGGGUUCCUGCCUCAUCCCUACAUGCUCGGGUGGACGUGGGAGAGAGGUUCGGUCGAGCUGUAGGAUGUUUAAAUGACUGGAAGUUUAUUGAAAAAAUACCCAAAACAGAGAAAAACAAGUUUUUAUUGUUAAGUGCAAGUCGUGGAGGUGACAUGGAUGGACAGGCUUCAGAAGAGGACGUCCGUAAGAGCGGAUACCUCCGCAAACAGAAGUCCAUGCACCGGCGGUACUUCGUGCUCCGGGCCGCCUCAGAACGCGGUCCGGCCCGGCUCGAGUACUACGAGAGCGAGAAGAAGUUCCGCGGCAAGGCCCCUGUCCCGAAGAAGGCGGUGGCUCUGGAGACGUGCUUCAACAUCAACAAGCGGGCCGACUCCAAGAACAAGCACAUGAUCGUGCUCUACACCCGGGCGGAGAGUUUCGCCAUCGCCGCGGAGAACGAGGCGGACCAGGACGAGUGGUACCAGGCCAUGGUGGAGCUGCAGUGCAAAAGGUGGUGUCCUAGAGUUAGUUUACUGACAGGAGUGUGUGUGUGUAAACACUGGAUCUUAUCCUGUCCACCACGGAGCAGCAGCGGCCCUUAUCACUCUGCUCUCACACUCCAUAUUGGCUUCUUAGAAAAAUGAACAGAAAAAAGAACUGUUUGGGUUCAUGUCUGUGUCCCACAGCUGUGGUCACUUCUUUUUUUCCCCCAAGAACUCAACACACACACACACACACACACACACACUGGCUGCAUGUUGUUUUCGGACUGUUCUGCUGACUGUGCAAUAUUACAUAAGACAUUGAUCCUUUAAAUGCUGAAUCAAAUAAGGAAGCAGUGCUGGAGAGUCACAGGUGCAAUAUGUUGUAACUUUGCAUAAAAAAAUCUUUGACUGAAAUAUUUGACUUUAUUUUUAGCUGGGAACUUGUACAAACUAAUAUUGUUAAUAUAUUUAACUUUCAUUUCAGGUAACAGUUAAACAAGAUAUAUUUGCACAAUCAUUUUGGAACAUAGUCCCAACCUUACAUUUGGCAAGGUUUUUCUGUUGUUGAUUCAGUUUCUUGGACGUUAGCUUUUUGUUAAGCACAAUGGAAAACGCAUGGCAUCAAGCACAUGGCUCUGAAUAAAGGUUUUCAAACUCAAAAGUCAUUCAAAUUAUUUUUUAAGAAGAAGAGGAAAACUGCAGCGAAUAGAAUGUUCUCUGUGCUGUGAUGUAGAAUCACCAAUUUCCUCACGGAGGUUUGGCCAGAAGAGAGUGUAAAGUUGCCAGAUCGCACAUACAGAACAUUUAUAAAUACACUGUUUUUGCUUCAGUCCCCCAUUUCUGCCUGGGGAAUUUUAGUUAAUUAACUGCUAACACUUUUGCACCAAAGUGCAUACAAAAAAGGAAGUGCGCUGCACAAGAGCUGCUGAUCGUCUGCUUCCUUAUUUUGUCUUAUUUUUGUCAGUGGUCUCCAACCUCCGGGCCACAGACCGAUGCCGGUCCAUGGGUCAGUUAGUACAGGGUCGCACAGAAAAAAAUGCACAACUUACAUGAUUUCCUUUUUAUUUAUUAUCUGAUUCUGAACGAUGUUUUACUUACUUAGAUGUCAAUCAUGGUUGCCUCGGUCACAUGUCUUACCUACAUCCAUCUGCCUUGUUAAAAGGUCUGCUGCGGCCGGUAAGACAUAAUACAUUACCGCUAAAUGAAAACCCAGAGCUAGCAAAAUGAAUAGAAAACAAACGUCUCCGGAAAGUUUCAUAGCGCAGGGUAAAAGAACCAAUGAGGAGACAGAAGAGCCUACAUCUUCAAAGAAAAAGAAAGCUGCAUUUAACAGACAAUUUCAGAAGUCCAACCUAAAAUAUGGAUUAAUCAGCACCAAACUCCACAGAGAAAAGUGACAAUUUAGUACAUUGAACACUAAAAUGUCACUUUUUAGUGACAUUUUAGUGUCACUGUUGCUGCAACGGUUUUGCACCAUCGUGUCACUCAAGGUGAAUUAGAAUGAAAGUUUUCAAACAGCACAGUCCAGAGCAACACAACUCUGACAAAUAGAUGAGGCUGAGUGUUAACAACUGCUGUGUCCUAAAUUUCCUACAUGGCGUUUGGUAUUGGUGUCAUGAUCUUCAGUUUUAAGAAAUAAAAGACCGCGUAAAAAAUAAAAAAAGGAAACAUGUUUUCUGAGAAAUCCAGGACUUUUUAAUCAGGUCAAUUUUUUUUUUUUGUGGCUAAAUUCAGUUCUUUCUUUGUUCCCUGGUGGCAGUGAGUCUCCGUGUCCCAGGCCGAUUGUCAGGGACAGUAACAGCACAUUCCGUAAAGUGCUGACAGUGUGCGAAGCCUGACCUUAUGCGUCUGACAUUUUAUUUUUCUGAUCGACUUGUAAUGUGUAAGCAGCUUAGUGUGUCCUCUGAAGUGGAUUUGUCCAAAUUGUCUUCAUGUGGAUACUUUUUCCACGUGUGUGCGCCUGGCAGUGUGUUCUCAGACGGCGUCUAUCACCCUCUGUGUAAACACAGCUGUCCCAUCAAAAAGUGGUGAGCACAGCAACUUUGAAUCACCUGUUCAACCUCUCUCUGGAGGGAGAAGUCACAGUCCAGAGGGCACUGGUGACGCAAUCACGGUAAACAAAACUCAAGGUGCUUAUCACACACGACCCGCCGCAGCCGCUGUGUUACAUAAAACGGCCGAUGACGAUUAGGGAGGGAAGUAAAACGCACACCUGAGGAGAAAAGAACGAGGCCACCGUGCUCCUAUUUUGAGACGUCUGGGUUUUAAACCACAGAGGACAGAUUUGGCAAAUUCAAAGAUUGCAAGAAGCUGCAGACUGCCAGUAGGUGCAUUAGGGGAGUCUCAUGUAACUGCAAAUUUUGGACUUGGUGUUGUGGCUCCCCCACACUCAUCUGUUGCUUCAGCACAACUGAGGUUUGUGUACGUGUGUGUGAAUCCAUCUUUGCAAGUAUUUUGCGAGUUUCCGCGAGACAGGAAAGUGAAUAGACAGAUGUCGGCACAGACAGAGAUGCUUGAGGGCUAGUGAGAAAGAGACUCUCUAACUUUUUCCCCAGUGGAUUCCCAAACGGAGAAGGUUUCCAGGGUGUGAAUUAUCCCAUCCACAGUCGCUAAGUGUUGCUUCCGGAAAGAUUAUACCUACUGUUUUGUCUUUCUAUGAGUUGUAGUAGAAACACAAAACUCCUUUUAUAAAGACACAGUCCAUGAUUCAUCACAUUACAACCUAAAAUAACAAAAAGACACAUUGUGCUAAAAUUAUAAAUUUUGCUUUUGGGAUGCAAGAAAAAGUACUGGAGAAAACCCCUCAAAAACCUUCAGAAAGUACACAGAAACACCAUUGUCUGAGCCAGGGUGCCACCUAAUGACAGGGUCAGAUAUUUGCAAGGGCUCCAGGCAAAAAUACCAUUAAAAUACCAGAGUUGACCCUUGUAAUUACCAUGAUAGGGGGUUUUAUUCUGCAAUAAAUUAUAAAAUAAGAGUAGUCAAAGACUUUUUUGUAAGUAAGCUCAAGGGGAAAUUAAAAC